AUGUCUGCUGUUGUGUCUCGAGUCGGCUUCCUUUGGCUUGCCAAGGAUUUCAAGGCUGUCAAGGACGUCAAGUAUGUCAAGGAGGUCAAGGACGUCAUUGAUGCCAAGGACCUCACGGACGUCAAGGAUGUCAAGUAUGUCAAGGCCAUCAAGGAUGUCAAGGACCUCACGGACGUCAAGGAUGUCAAGUAUGUCAAGGCCGUCAAGGAUGUCAAGGACCUCACGGACGUCAAGGAUGUCAAGGACGACACGGACGUCAAAGACGUCAAGGAUGUCAAGGACCUCACGGACGUCAAGGAUGUCAAGGACGACACGGACGUCAAAGACGUCAAGUGUGUCAAGGACGUCAAAGAUGUCAAGGACCUCAAGGAUGUCAAGGACGUCAAUAAUGUCAAGGAUGUCAAGGACAUGAACUCAAGUUUAAUAUUUUCGUACGAGAUCAACCAAACAUGGCCAAUUUCAUGGUCAUAUUUCAAGAUGUCAGGACUAACGGACAAACAAGAAGACACUCUAAGUAUUGGAGACGCAGUUUGUCUGUACACUACCGAGAGCUAUGGGUUUAUGUACUCCCGACAAACAAGCUCCAUUUUUAACCAGCUGGCUGUUGGAGUGCGCCAAGACAAAAUUCGACCAGACAUACAGAAUCAGCAUAUGAUAACAUUUGAGAUAUGUGUGGCCAAUCGAUACAAGCUCAACAAACAGUACAAAAAGCAAGCGGCCAAACUUGCUGAAGAUCCAGAAAAUCUUACACUACGGGCAAAUGUGGCACAAUCUAAGCUUGCAGCUGAAGCUGAAACAGAGGACAAUGCUAUGGAACAAAAGCGACAACAGGGCAGGAAAGUCUUGUAUGGCCAGAUUGUACAGUUGCGCCAUGUAUUCAGUGGUAAAUACAUCCAUGUCAGUACAACCAAGACAUCAGACACUGAGAGCAGCAACAUGGCGGUUGAACUUAUUCCCGUUAAUGCAAAGCAUGCUCAGUUCCGUAUUAUGCCCCGAUACAAGGUCAAAGCCGAAGGUGACAUGGUCCAAGUGGAAGACCAGAUCAUGUUUGAAAGUGUCAAGUCAGCUGGAUCCUUUCUCCAUUGUAGCAAAUACUUUUUUCCUGGCCACUCCGUCUACUGUGAUAGUCACGAGUUGAACCUGUCUGUCCAGACAACCGGGUUUGUGGUGUACCGUAAAUACAAACCUAUGGUAGAGGAGGAGGACAGACUCAAGAUUGGGGAGCCUGUUCGCUUCUUCCAUAAAGAGAUGGAGGCAUAUCUUGUAGCAGAGGGAUUAUUUGAGGAAGAAAUUCAAGAGGAUGUCCAUUUGCGUGUACGUCCAAUGGAUCAGACGAUUCCUAAGACCAUGUUCCCUAGUACUGCCUCCAUCACCUACUGGCAAAUUGAGCUGCAGGAGGGACCAGUCAGAGGUGGUAUCCUGAAAUGGGAGCAACCCAUCAAGAUUGUCCAUAUGUGUAGUCGGAAGUAUCUCUCUGUUGAUAAAACAACAAAUGAACUCACUCUUACUUCUUCUCACACCGAUCCUCGUGCAACCUUUAAACUAUAUGCUGUCUUCAAGACGGAGCAGAGUGUCAUGAAGGAUAGCUACUGUAGGAUCCAACAUGUUUCCACGGGCUUCUGGCUACAUGGAUUUUUGGAUAAGUACAGGAGUCGACAGCAAUCAGAUUCCUCUGACAAUGGAUCUAUGACAGCCCAUAAAUGGAGUACAGCCGAACUCAGAAAGGUUGGGGUGAUUGAGGAGAAACAGUAUGAUGAUGCCUUCACCCUUCAAAUAGUGGAGCCAGAACUCCUGGAAAUAUUCAACGGCAUGUCGGGAAUGGUCCCUUUCCUACAGAAACUUGUUAAAGACAAAAAGCAGGGAAUUGUCCUGAAUGCCAAGAUGGCUCAUGAUGCAGUUACGGCUCUUCAAGAAAUGCGAGGUUACAUGUUUGAGCUCGGUGAGACCACCAAACAAAGGCAGAAACUACUGCGUAAUUUACAGAUCGUGGAAGUUCUAGUUCAACUUCUGCAGAUCCCAUUCAGAGGAUGUGAUGACCAGCAUCAUUUGGUGAGGAUUUAUGUGGAGGCAUACGAUGUCCUUUACACCUAUUUGAUGGGAGAUAGCAGGAAGAAUGAGCUCUACAUCGCUAAACAUAUUGACUUCUUCCUCACACAGUUUGAGAUCAAAGAGGGUCAGAUUGGUCUGAAUGCUGCUCACAUGGUGAUGGAACUGAUCAAGGACAACAGGAAGAUUGUGGACAGGAUCACCCACAAACAUAUUGACACUUUCAUUGACCUCCUACAGAGAGACAAGAACUAUCGAUAUCUGGAUUUGCUGAGUGUCUUGUGUGUCUGUGAAGACAUCUCCAUCUCUGACAACCAGAAGUAUAUCACAGAAGUCUGGCUGAUGAAGGGGAACAGGAACUGUGUUUUCUAUACUGACCUCGGACAGAAGAUAGGGAAAGUGCCUGGGGUUGUGUAUGUCUCCUCAAACAUGGGCCGUACUUGGACAGAACUGAGGGAAUUUGUCCAGCGAGCUGGUACAGACGAGUCAUACCUGUUCUUAGAACAUCAGCUGGAACUUUAUGGAAUGUUGUGUCAUGGUCAAAAUGAGUUCUCCACCAAAGUGAUAACCCAAGAGCUGAACUAUCUGACAUGGGAGGAAGCCUUUACCUGUCUCAGUGAUGAGGUUCUCCCUGACCAGCUGCGUGCCAGAUACUGCAUGCUCAUUACAACCAUGUUUGUGGAUAUCAGUGAGAACCAGGCUGUCACAGACAAAGUCAAACUCUCCUACAUUUACGAAGAUGUGGACCAGUUUGAGGAUGUGGUGGAUCGUACUGGAUCAACAACAUAUCAGUUCUUCCCAACCCUCAAUGACUGGAUCUCCAAGUUCCUCGGCAAAAACAGUGAUAUGACUGCAUCCGAGAUAGGCAACAACAUGCUGGUCAAACAGGUGUUAAGACUGGUACACUACCUCGUAUCCUUUGGAUUCUACUACAAAAUUGAUGACAUCAAGAAGCUUCUUGAACCCCUGAUGAGUUUGCUGGAUGGAAGGAAUGACAAACCUUACCCAAAUAUAUCAGGCAAAGAUGGAGAGGAAAUCUUGAAACAUUUCCGCAAAGUUGGACGCUAUGAGAGAGGUCAAGAAACCAAGGCUAUUGUAGAUGCCAAAUGCCAGGCUUUGGAAGUGCUGGACUUGUUCUUUGAUUUUAUCCUGAACCAAAGACUUGAGAAAUUUAUCAACAUGUUCAAAGUAACCCACACAGAGAUGAAUACACCCUCUGGGUUUUUUAGCCAUAAGACAGAACUUGCUCCCAUGCUUUCUUCAGACUAUGAUCCACUUAAACAACAUGGAUUGUCAAAGAUUGCUUUGAAGAGGUUGGCUGAAAUCUUUGACUCCACCUCUUUCCUGAAAGGUUACAAUCUGGUAGACGUCCUGAAGGACUUGACUCAUUACAAGUAUGAUGAGAUCAUCAGACAGUCACUAAACCUUCUGGACAGAUAUUACUCAGCCUACAAUGAUCUCUUCUCUAGAGCAGUUCAGGCACAGGUGUGUAUUACGGACCGAUCUGUGGAAGUGUACCACCUCCUAGAAAGAGUUCUUCCCAAAAUGAGAUUGUAUGCUAGUGCACGCCUGAGUGAUGAGCAAAUAAUUGAGCUAGCUAGCAUUCUAGACUCACUGAUUUUGACGUGCCAUCUGGAUGGAGAAGAGGACGAACCUCACCCUGUCAAUCAGACCAUCCUCUACAACCAUGGAAUCAUUGAGUUGUGUUUCACCAUUCUUACCCAGAAAAUCGACACCAAGCUAUUGGACCAGUAUUCUGGGCUGACAAAGAUUUUCAGGAAGACUUUUACGCUGUUGAAGCUCAUGUCUCGCUUGAACAAGCUGGUACAGAAUCGACUGUUUGAUCGUCUGGACCUUUUGCUGAAGGUACAGGGAGUAGAGGUGGAGCUAGCCGAUUGUAUUGCUGAGCUGUUUGUAGGAAAUACUAAGACUUGUAUGAAGAUCACAGGUAAACAAGUACAAAGGAUUAUGUCUAUGGUGGCUCGUUGUAAAGAAACUGUCCCCCAAUUCCUAGACCUUCUCAAUGCUGUUGUCAAGGUGGAGGAGUUAGACCUGCCCAUCAAACGUAACCAGGGCUUCGUCAUGCAGUAUUUCAUGCAGUUCAGAGCUGAUGUAGCUUAUGUCAUUGACCAAGACGAGUCGGCACGAGAGAAAAUCCUGAUGGACAACAGUCACAAGGACCUACAGUAUCUGGUGGCCAUGAUGGAUAUGCUGGCUACUUGUGCUGAGGGUGAGAACCAGUUUAUUGAAUCCAUCUGUCAGACAAUCUUCAAGAUUCCUGAGCUGAUGAGAAUUCUAAAUAAUCCCAAAGUCAGUGAUAACCUCAAGAGACCUUUUCUGAGAUUCAUCUUGUGGGUGUAUCUCAACUCUGCUGGAGGGAUGAUAGAGAGUGGCGCCGGAGACCUUCCACACGACAAAACCAUGUGGAACUACAUAGAAAGCCUCAAUCAAACUCUGAAGGCAGUGGCUGAUUACUGUCGCGAGAAUCCACGCAGUGCAAAGCAACUGGUCAGGAAACCACCUCCCAGAUUUUCCAAGGAGAUGUCUAGACAGUUUGUCAUUCAGGGCAGUAUGCACUACUUAUUUGAUGCUGUCAUGCCUUUCCUCCAGAUCUUCUGUAAAAAUUACUACCAGCCAGACUUGACUAUGUACCCAAGUGAACCACAGAGCAUGGAUAUCUUGGCUCGGAACUUUAAGGACUUCAUGAGUGUGAUUGGUCCACUCAUCAGUGAUGCAGGACAAUUGAAGAAACUCAAUGCAUGUAUGAGUACCCUGAUGUCGGCCUCUACUUUACCUGUUGCAGAAAUUCGGGAAUUCCAAGACCAGAUGGGUACUGGAAAUCAAUCCCUAGAUGUCCGCAGUGAUAGCAAAAAGUCCUAUGAUGACUAUUACGAGGCCGAGAAUGAAAUCAACAACCAGCUCAACGACUUUUCAAUGAACAUGAAAAAAUCUUACGGAGGCAAUAACACAGUGCAGGCACAGAUCGGAUUCCCGUCUGAUUUACCAUAUUCGGAGGUUGGAGGAGAUGAAGAGCUACCUCUCGGGCGGGAGUUCCAGGAGCAUUUAGAGUGUUUCAUUAAUCGAUCGGCCAAAACACCCCGCGAGAAAUACUCAUUAGCAAGUAAACUUGUCAAAAUGAUGGCAAUCUCGUCAAGUCUUACCAACCUCAGUGAGAAGGAGAAGUUGGAUCAGGUAAACCUGGACAUCAAGACUUUGCAGCUGCUGCGUGGACUCAUACAUAAUGAGAUCUGUAGACUGCCGGAGGGAUGGGAACAGAACUCAUCUGACCACAGAAAACAGUUACGUGUGAUUGACCAGGUCCAGGAUGCCCUUGACAACUGUGGAGCAGUCAGCAGUGUACUUGACCACUUGUCACGACCUCAAGAUGAAGUUGUUAGGGAGGUGCUUGUCUUCAUGGCUAACCUUCUUUAUAACGGCAACGAGUCAGUCCAGGUCAGUUUGAUAGACUUCUUCACUGGAACAAGAGAGGAGACCUUCUUCUUCUCUAUCAAAGGAAGGAUGACCAUGUCCGCUAUAGCUACGCGGGAAAAACGUCAUCUGUUUGCAAUGCACCAAGCACGAAUGGAGGAUGCUAUUCAACAGGCGAAGGCUCUAAAGAUUGCCAUGAAAACUGGACAGCUGGCCACCAAUGAGAUCACCAAAGCUAACAAUUUUGGAUCCUUCAUGUCAUCCAACAUGCAGAAGUCUUCCCUCAACCUAGGCUCCAGCCUGGCAGUGAACCAGAAACUUGGUUCCACUUUAUCUGUUAGAGACAAUACUUCACCAAAACCUGGCACAUCAUUGGUGGUCGCUAAUGGUAUCCAUGGUGAUCCGCCACCCGCACAGAGCCCAAAAGGUGGCAGUGCUCUCUCAUCCAGUGUAUCACUUAAACCUCCUGCAGCUGUUCCCAAUGGUAUGGGAGUGUCCACCAAAGUAGCACCCAUGGAAAUAACAGCACUGGAAGAUGAAGAGGAAGAAGAACUUGAUGAGGCAGAGAUCAAAGAGUUACUCGGGGAGGACUUUGGUGAAAGCGGUGACCUGGAAUUUGAAGAUGAUGGUUAUAUUGAACUUGUACUGAGGAUUUUGGGACUAAUGUGUGACAAUCAGUAUCGUCCUCUACAGGAUUAUUUACGAGAACAACCAGAUAAUAUAAAGUCUGCCAACUUAGUGGCAGAGACAACAAGAUUCUUGGACAUUUUAUACGGAAGUGUCAACAGCAAAUCAAUGCCCCUUAUUUGUCAGCUGUUCGACACUCUCGUGGAGUUCUGUUCGGGAAACUUUGCCAACCAGGCAUGCGUGUUUGACAACAAGAUCUGUGACUACAUGAAUCACAUCUUACGUAUGGGUGUCUUCAAGGGCUGCAGUAAAAUAGAGGUGUACUCACUGAAAAUGUCAAUCGCCACUGUGAUCCGAGCCAUGAGCGAGGAAAAUGCUCCUCAGGACUUCAUUCAGACAGAAAAUCCUCUAGCUACCUUAGCAAGGGAAGUGAUGGAGUCAAUUGAUGAACACAUAAUGAUGAAAACACUCACAGAUGCCUACUCAUGUUCAUUGCAAUUGGCUAAAGCAUCCAGUAAAGAGAGAAAAGAUGACGACUAUGAUGAACUCUGUGACCUUGUACAGGAUGUUGGUUUUGCAUAUUUCCAAAUUCUGCUCCGAAAACUGGCCAUAGAAAAAGGCAUUACAAAGGAAGUCUUUGUAAAAACCAAGUUGCAGAAGGAAGCAUGGGACUUCUACGAUUUAGGAACCAUGUCAAUUGAAGUGCUGAAAGGGGAGGACCUUCAGACAAUCUACUUCAGAGUGAAGGAUAAGAGUGUGUUGCGUGAGGACAUCAAGGAGAAGUUCAAGUAUGAGGUGGACCGCUCCACUCCCAGCAACAAGAUACGAGGCUUCAUGGACUGGUCCAGUGACAUCAUGCAGGACAUAAAAUACCAACGAAAGGUCUUAUCAAACCCUGUUGGAAGAAUUCUCAUCAAACUUUGGAUACCAAUGAACUAUGCUGCCCUGAUGCUGAGCAUUCUGAUAUGUUCUGUCAUAAUGAUCACAUGGCGUGAUCCCAAGAACGAAGAGGGAAAUUCUGACGUUGACAGCAUUGUGCCAAUCUUCAGCAUCGAUGAGAACCUGUACUUUUAUUUCCUGUACAUAGUGGGUGGGAUACACAACUUCCUCAGUGUGUGUAUAUAUGUGACAUUCUUACUGUCCAACAACCCAAGUUUCCCACCGUGGCAGUUUUUCCUCAGGCUUAUAGGGAAGAGCAAUGAGAAGGAGGAAGAAUUUAAGACCUGGAAUGAGAGGAAAAACCCAUACGACACCAACAACCUUGAAUUAAACAUAUACAGCAUAAAAGCCCUAUACUAUGUGGUAUUUGUGGCAUGUUCAAUACUUGGAACAAUCUACUAUGGGUACUUCUUCUCUUUCCAUCUCCUCCACAUCGCAGAGCUCAAUCAGCUGCUUAAACGAGUCAUCCAGGCUGUCACCACUAACGGAAUGUCACUGUUGUUGGUUGCUUUGCUUGGUCUGGCCAUCAUGUUUAUCUACUCCCUGGUCGGCUUUGCUUUCCUUCGGGAGAAAUACUUCAAAGAGGAUGAAGGUCGUCAUUGUCGUACGGUGGCCCAGUGUUUCGUCACCAUAACUCAUCACGGCUUUGUGGAUGUGCCCUACACUACAUUUGAGAGUGCCAUGGACAGUAACAUCAAUGAUGUACUAAUGCUAUCAGCUAUAGACGUGACCUUCUUCAUACUCAUCACCACCAUCGGCCUUAACAUCAUCUUUGGUGUUAUUGUCGACACUUUCUCCCAACUAAGAGACUCCAAGUGGGAAAUUGACAAAGACAUGCAAAACAAUUGUUUUAUCUGCAGCAGAGAGAGCUAUGACUUUGAGCGACAAGGAAAGGGUUUUGAGAAACAUGUGAAGGCAGAACAUAACCAGUGGGCCUACCUUUUCUUCUUUAUUCACUUGGAUGAGACCAGACCCAAUGACUAUUCAGCUCUGGAACUCCAUGUCUAUAACAUGUUGGACCUGAACCGCUUUGAGUUCUUCCCCUUGAACAGAGCACUCUGCCUUCAGAGUGACAAGUAUGACACAGAUGAAAUGAUUGAACAGCUUCAGAUAUCCAUCAAAGCAUUAGAUGCGAAGCUCACCAAUGAAAUGAUGCUUGUUGAGUUUAUGGCUUCCAAAAUAAAAGAGGAGGAUGCCCUUAAACUGAAGGAGAGGGAGAAGAAAAAUCAAAAGGAGUGGGAAGCUAGUCAGAAAACUCCACGGGAAUAA